AUGAACUCGCUAUUGUUCCUGUACUUGAACUUAAUCCGCGGUCCUCAGAUCUUGGCUGCUCGCCUUCAGCAGGAGGAAAGAGAGAAGCGUAUGCGGCUGGAGGAGGAGAUUGCGCUUGGCAAAGUGCCAAAUAUGGUGAGUUGUAAGAAGUGCGACGUGCCCGUGGACCGCCUGUCGGUACCCGUCAAAGGUACCCCCACAUGUACCGCAUGUCUGGCCAAGGAAGCGGAGGAGAUGCAUACGGCCAAGAUGGAGAUGCGAAGGGAGAUCAAGAUGUCGCCUUUCCUGUGGUUUCAAGUAUUUAUCGUGUUCCUCGGCCUCACUGUCUUCAUCCAUCGCAACAUCGUGCCGUUGUAUUACUAA